AUGAAAUUUAAUAUAUUACAUCAAUUGUUUUUAUUAUCUAUUAUUUUUAAUUUUAUUUCUUAUAUACAUAAAGCAUCAGGUUCAUCAGUUUUCUCCGGUUCAAGUAAACAUAAAAAUCCUAAAGUGGAUAAAAGUGUAUCACAUAAAAAGAAACAAGGUGCAAAUGAUGAUGAACAAGAUGCUGCUGAUGAUGAUUCAACAUCUCAAUCAAAUUCACAUGAAUGUCAAUUACGAUCAAUGUUACUUGCAAGUUAUGUACCUGAAGCUCGUCCAGUUGUUAAUACAACAACAGUAACUGUUGUUGAUGUUGGUCUUACUAUAAUUCAAGUGAUGGAUUUAGAUGAACAAGAUCAAGUCAUGACAACAAAUGUUCAAAUUGCAUUAAAAUGGCAAGAUGAGCAUUUACGAUGGACACCCAGUGAUUUUAAUUAUCAAAAUCGUACUGUUUUUUCAGCGCGUGAAAUCUGGACACCUGAUAUUGUUCUAUUUAAUUCAGCUGAAGUUGCUUAUUCUCAACAACGUGAACAUUAUUUAUUAACAGUUCAUUGGAAUGGAACAGUUGAAUGGGUUUUUCCAGAUGUAUUUCGAUCCUAUUGUGAUGUUGUUAUUACUUAUUUUCCAUUUGAUAAACAAAAUUGUACACUUGAAAUACAAUCAUGGUCACGACCCUCUGAUGAAUUAUUAGUUCGUCAUCAACCACAAAAUGUUCAUCAACGAAGUCAUUAUAUUCGUACAGAAUGGCAAAUUUAUGAAAUUGAUGUUAAAAAUGCGUCAAUGAAACGUUAUUUAUGGCUUGUAUUUUAUAUAAAUAUGAAACGUAAUUAUCAAUUUUAUGUUAAUCAAUUGAUAUUUCCAUUUUCAAUUUUAUCUUGUUUAACAUUAUUUGUUUUUUGGCUUCCACCUGAUUCCGGUGAAAAAAUUACAUUAACAAUAACUAUUCUUCUUGCAUUAACAGUUUUUCUUCAACUUAUUUCGGAUUAUACACCCAAAGCUUCAUCGAACCUUCCUAUUAUUGGUAUAUAUUUUAAUGUCAAUUUGAUAUUGGUGCUAAUAUCUGUUGUUCUCACAGUUAUUGUACUUAAUUUUCAUUAUCGUGGACCGAAAAAAUCUCGUGUACCUUAUUGGUGUCGUCGUAUAGUCAUGGCAAAAAUUGGUCGUUGGCUUGGUUUUAAUUUUGUUAGUCGUGAACAGUUAUUUUCUCGAGCAUUUUCUAUUAAAGCUCGUGCAAAGCAUAAAUCUCGUCGAGAUAAUAUCAAUGGUAAUCUUAAUCGUAAUGCAAAAGAUACAGAAAUAAAUUUGCCACUUCGUCCUAUAACAGCAACAACAGAUAUUGGUACUGAAGAAGUGACUCCUCUAUCAGAUGAACAAAAUUCUUUAACAUAUAAUAUUGAACAAAUAUUACUUAAAAUGCAAAGACAAUUUGAUCCAAGUAAAAUUGAUGAUGAACAAUUAAAAAUUUCUAUAUUACGUGAAAUACUUGAAUGUCAACGUUUACUUUUAACUAUUCAUGCAAAGAAACAAAAUCUUGAUUCUGAAUCACUACAUGAUAUAUAUGAAGAAUGGAAAAUUCUUGCUAUUAUUAUUGAUAGAAUUUGUUUUAUAUUUUAUCUUACUAGUAUGCUUGCUGCAUCUAUUAUUUUCUUUGUACGUGAACCAAUUUUAAAACGAAAUGCAUAA